GCCCAGGCUCUCCUCGCGUUGCUCAUUGCUACCGGUAGUCGCCGGGGCCGGAGGUUGUUCAGGGCAAGUUGCCCUCGGGGCUCCCCCAUGGAGGAGACAGUGCUUGCGGCCGCAGCCCCGGAUGCUUGUACCUCCCACUGGACGGCGACGAGGGUGCUGGCCGCGCGAGCGCAGGAGAGGUCGGGCCGCACGGCCUGUGGGAGGGUUUGAGCGGAGGUGAGCAGAGCCGGGCACCGGAGGGGAAGCCGCGCGGUCACCUGCCUGCCGGGGUCUGAAGCCUGCAGCGCCCGCGUCGCCUCCAGCACCGGCAUUCCUGUCCUGUGAUCGAUGUGAGCCGCAGGAGCUUCUUACGUCGCAAACGAAAUGAGCCAGGGGCGCGGAAAAUAUGACUUCUACAUUGGUCUGGGAUUGGCUAUGAGCUCCAGCAUUUUCAUUGGAGGAAGUUUCAUUUUGAAAAAAAAAGGCCUUCUGCGACUUGCCAGGAAAGGUUCCAUGAGAGCAGGUCAAGGCGGCCAUGCGUACCUCAAGGAGUGGUUGUGGUGGGCUGGACUGCUCUCGAUGGGAGCCGGUGAGGUGGCCAACUUCGCUGCGUACGCCUUCGCACCUGCCACCCUGGUGACUCCACUGGGAGCCCUCAGCGUCCUCGUAAGUGCCAUUCUUUCUUCAUACUUUCUAAAUGAAAGACUUAAUCUCCACGGGAAAAUCGGAUGUUUGCUGAGUAUUCUAGGAUCCACAGUUAUGGUCAUUCACGCUCCGAAAGAAGAGGAGAUCGAGACGCUCAAUGAAAUGUCUCACAAGCUCGGGGACCCAGGUUUUGUGGUCUUUGCGACACUUGUGGUCAUCGUGUCCUUGAUCCUGAUCUUCGUGGUGGGACCGCGCCACGGACAGACGAACAUCCUCGUAUACAUCACCAUCUGCUCCGUGAUCGGGGCGUUCUCGGUCUCCUGCGUGAAGGGCCUGGGCAUCGCCAUCAAGGAGCUGUUCGCGGGGAAGCCUGUGCUGCAGCACCCGCUGGCCUGGGCGCUGCUGCUCAGCCUCGUCGUCUGCGUGAGCACGCAGAUCAACUACCUGAACCGGGCCCUGGACAUCUUCAACACGUCCCUCGUGACGCCCAUCUACUACGUCUUCUUCACGACGUCGGUCCUGACGUGCUCGGCCAUUCUGUUCAAAGAGUGGCAGGACAUGCCUGUGGACGAUGUCAUCGGCACUUUGAGUGGCUUCUGCACAAUCAUUGUGGGGAUAUUCUUGCUGCAUGCCUUCAAAGACGUCAGCUUUAGCCUAGCCAGCCUUCCCGUGUCUUUUCGGAGAGACGAUAAAGCCGUGAACGGCAACCUCACUACUAUGUAUGAAGUUCUGAACAACAACGAAGACGGCGUAACCUGUGGAAUCGAACAGCACGCUGGGGAGACCGUGUCCCGAAGAAACGGAAGCCUGACAGCUUUUUAAGAAACAUGGGAUCAAACGGUUAACCUGUCGUUGGUAUAAAGUGAAUCUGAGUAUCCGAACGUGUCUGGGAUAGUGUUCUUCUCAAAUAAUGUUCUCUAGAGACAAUCUUUUUUAAGGUUUCACUGAUUUGGACCAAGAAAUUACUUUUAUUAUAUUUCAAUGAUGGUAGCUCACUAAAAUGACCUCAGUCCCCGGCCAGUUUUUGUUAACAUUGUUACUCUGGUAGCCGUAUUGGAAAGUAUUUUCCACCGACCUCGAAAUGCACUAAUUACAGUUUGGAGUCUAUAAAAAUGCUUUACUUCCUCAGUGGCGGCGGGAGUCUGCAGCGUACGUUUUUCGUCUCCAUUCACAUCAUCCCUGAGCAGUUUAAGGCUUUUUCGAUUGAAAGAACCAAAUUAUCUCAGUAUAUUUAUUACCCUGUGAUUUAGCUUACCUACACAAAUGGCUCCUGUUUGAGGAAUUAUUUUAACAUAUCAAAGAAAAUACUGAAUUACUAAGGGCAACUCAUUUACAAACAAAGGGCAGGAAUUCACGCCACAGAAUACUUCCCGGUGUGACCGGUCGGCCCUUCCUGGCCCUUAACCCAGCACAUCCUGGGCUGCCAGGCGGGGGUGUCCUUUAGUGACUGCAAUCCCUUGACGCCCCAAACCUUGAUUCCCAUUUUUACAUCGGCUCUGGUACUUUGCGGUAUAUUUUCAUGAUGAGUUAUAUUGUCGUUUAGGUCUUCUAACAACUCUGGGAAAGUAAGGUAAUUGAAAAAACCGAGCUUCCGUUACAAUAAAAAAGAUUGGCAACAAAGUUCUUUCUAAGUCUGGAUGCUUAGGACAGGCUUGUCUGUGAAAUCUGGUUUCUUUCCAGGUUUCUUGACAAGUUCUUUCAGAAACAUCGGUGAGAAACGUUCACGGAAUGAGAAUUUCAACCGUAUGCAGAAAAGGUAGAACAGAACCGUAAACUCCAUCAGCUUCAAACGUGUGGUCAUAGCAAUUAACUGGCCGUAAAAACAGUUGACAGUUAAUGUCCCCCUGGGUAGUAGGUAUCUCUCAGGCUGUUUCCACUCUGCUGUUCCUGCCCAAGGUCACCCAGCUCGGCUCCCCUGUGUGACUGCCCCCGGCUCGGCCCACACAGCUCUCCGCUGACAUUACCAGGGAAGAACUGACAGGCUCCGAGUUCCAUGAAAUAAACCCCCUUCCCCCCAAAGUUUUAUCCUAUACCCUCUAGGGAGCCUUUUUAGACCUUUUUCCCCCGAAGGCCUCCCUGUGAAAUUUUCUACCGGAUAAACUCUGUUUGCUGUGCUGUAUCCUGCUGUGCUUCCUGCAUAACAGCAAGAACCAGUACCUCUCCCUCCCUCCCAGGUGUGACAGUGCCCUGAGAAUGCAGAACUUGAAGAAUAAAUUCUUAUUUAACAUCUUAAAACACUUGUCUUUUACAUGAGUGUCUAGUACAUUUUGUUUUACAAU